CUGCGCCUCUCCGGCCUCUCGGGCAGCUCCCGGGCCGCCCGCCCUCCGAGGAGCGGAGCACUUACCCCGCCGGGGCCCGUCGCGUCGCAGGUGCACCGGGAGCGCUCGCCAUGAGGACCCUGUGGCUGGCGCUGUGCGCGCUGGCUCGGCUAUGGCCCGGGGCCCUGGCUGGCUGCGCCGAGGCUGGGCGCUGCUGCCCAGGCAGAGACCCCGCCUGCUUCACCCAUGGCUGGAGGCUGGACAGGGUCUACGGGACGUGCUUCUGCGACCAAGCCUGCAUCCUCACCGGGGACUGCUGUUUCGACUACUCCAGGGCGUGCCCAGCUCGCCCGUGCAUCGUGGGGGAGUGGAGCCCCUGGAGCGGCUGUGCAGACCAGUGCAAGCCCACUGCUCGCAUUCGGCGGCGCCCAGUGCGGCAGGAGCCUCAGAACGGCGGGGCACCCUGUCCACCCCUGGAAGAGAGGGCUGGCUGCCUGGAGUACUCAACGCCACAGGGCCAGGACUGCGGGCAUGCCUUCGUCCCUGCCUUCAUAACUACCUCUGCAUUCAACAAGGAGAGAACAAGACAAGCCGCUUCUCCACAGUGGUCUACAGACACACAGGAUCCUGGAUACUGUAUGGAAUUCAAGACAGAGUCACUGACUCAUCACUGUGCAAUGGAGAACCGACCUCUGACUCGAUGGAUGCAGUAUCUCCGAGAGGGAUACACGGUGUGUGUAGAUUGUCAGCCUCCAGCUAUGAACUCCGUGAGCCUGCGUUGUUCAGGAGAUGGCCUGGACACUGAUGGAAAUCAAACUCUCCAUUGGCAAGCCAUUGGGAAUCCUCGAUGUCAAGGAACUUGGAAAAAAGUUCGGCGAGUAGAUCAGUGUUCUUGUCCAGCUGUCCACAGCUUUAUUUUUAUAUAGACUGUGAAGUACGUAUUUUCAAAUGUGUUUGUAAGCAUGUUAAAUAUUAUUAAGUCAAAUUCAACGCUUCAUAAACUGUCAAAAACCGGCCAAAGUCCCUGGACACAUGCCAUGGUUACCCUCUGAUGUAGAGAAAGAAAAUUUAGGGACCAGUUCUCAAGAAACACUAUACCUUUAUUUUCAUUUUUACUAAGUUGGGGACCCACCCUAAAGACUUCUUUGGUCUUAUAUAUUUGACCUUCCAUUUUGAGGUCAUCCAACAGGUAGCCUGUGGCACAGAAUACAUGACUGCUUGCCCUAAUAUUACCAUAAUGUGAUCCAUUUAUUGUAAGUUGUCAUUUAAGGGUAUCCACCCUUUGAAUCUUGCAUUCUUUCUUUCUAUUCUGUAAUCUCGUAAAAGCUUCUCACUUAAAAAAAUGUAUACAGAUAUUUGUACACUCUCACACAUAUAAUUUGCAUAUGUUAGUCCAUAAGUUCUGAAUUAAAUAAUAUCGAGCAAACUGUCACAAAUGAUUUUUCCACAGGACAAGUUGUUUAAGAUUUCAGUAAGCAUUUUGUAAUGAAAAACCAGCAGCUUUCCUAAAAAUACUUUUUUUUUUUAAAGAAGCAAUCUUCUCAGGUUGGUUGAAAAGGUCAAUCGCUCUUGCUCAAUAGGAGUUCUUUUAAAUGUUAUUCUCAUAAAGAGAAAUUUUGGACCUAAUUAAUGAAAUGAUUGCUUAAUUGUGAAAAUUCUAUCAUCAUCAUCUAAGAUUAUUUCUGAGGCUAGCAAGCCUGGAGUUGACUAAAAACAAUCUUUCAGGGCCCAACGUCAGGUAUGUUUUGUUCCACAGCAUUGAUUUUCUUGUGUUGGGUCCUGGUUCCUGAGAGCCGGGGAUAGAAGACAGAGGCAUCGAUAUAGAGGCAUGAAUUUUAUUACAAAUAUUAUGAUCUGUCACACACAGAGACAUAUUAGUCCCCUUACUGUGUGGUUGGAAAGUUAAUGAAUCAAAGACAUAAAAUAAUAUUAACAAAUUUUUACUAAAUUGCAUAUUUCUUGGUACUUAUCACGUAAUGACAGAAUGCCCACGGCGAGCUUAAUAGGGAUAGAAACAUUCCCGACAUUUAAUGCUGUGAGUGUCAGUGUUUCUGACUAUACAUGGAUUGAAAUGUCAAAGUUGUUUUUGUAAUUCCUCAGAAACUGACAACAAAAAAUCUGAGUCUCAUCAAGACUGAGAACUUUGUAAUUCCAGCAUUAACAUUUUAAGGCUAUUCUAACAUUUACAAAGCGAGAUUUUUAAAGACAUUCCUGGGUAACUUUUAAUUUUACUUAAGAUUUGUAUACCAGUAAAUAAAAUUUCUGUUUAUACUUUAA